AUGGCGGAAGCUCAUUCAGCGGUAGCCUUCAGCUUCUCAAUAACCCACGAAGGAUGGGACGUUAAUUUCGAUCGAGAAGUUCUGCACCUAGUCUGGGAAUCUGGAUUACGGUCAUGGAAGAAAAGAUUUUUUAGAUUCACUAACAAUUUAAAGACUGGAGUUUACCCAGCGUCAUUGGAAAGCUUGUGGCUGACAAUAGGAAUAGUUGCAGCUAUCCAUUUUACUGGAUUCAAGGUUCCUUAUGAUUUAGUUGGAAAAGUUGUUCCUUAUGUGUCUGGGUCCUCGAUAUCAGCCCACCUGGUAGCGUCAAUAAUAGUAGGCUUAAUACUGUGGCUGGUAGUUAUCUACACACUCCGUUAUUGCCUGAAGUUACUCCUGAUGUACAAAGGAUGGAUGUACGAAGCCCGCGGUCCCGGUGGAAAAGUAACUCUAAGUACCAAAUUGUGGGUGAUUUUGGUUAAAUUGUUCUCAGGGUGGAACAAGCCGAUGCUUUAUAGUUUCCAAGGGUCCUUACCGCGGCUGCCGUUGCCCUCGGUUGAAGAAACUACGAAAAGGUAUUUAAGAAGCGUGAGGCCAUUACUAGACGACGAAAACUACGCCCGGAUGGAAAAACUAGCAAAAGAAUUUGAAGAAGGAAUCGCUGUAAAAUUGCAGCGUUACCUAAUACUAAAGUCGUGGUGGUCGAGUAACUACGUGUCGGAUUGGUGGGAGGAGUACGUUUAUUUGCGCGGUAGAUCACCAAUUAUGGUCAAUUCUAAUUUUUAUGGUAUUGAUGCGAUACUUAUGCAUCCAAUAGACGUACAGGCUGCACGUGCUGCUAGUAUUAUACACUUGUGUUUACAGUACAGACGUAGUAUCGAACGACAAGAAUUGGAGCCGAUUAAGUUACAGGGUCUAGUGCCUCUUUGCUCUUGGCAGUACGAGAGACUCUUUAAUACCACGAGGAUCCCCGGGAUCGAGACUGACAAGAUCGUCCACUACAAUGACGCUAAGCACGUCGUGGUUUACCACAAAGGUCGCUAUUACAAGCUGCUUAUUUACUACAAAAACAGGAUUCUGACUGCUUGCGAAAUCGAGCAGCAGAUUAACUACAUCAUGAGUCACGACUCUGCGCCAGUUAAUGGAGAGGAAAAAUUAGCCGCUCUUACUGCUGCCAAUCGUACUACUUGGGCUAAAGCUAGAGAGGAAUAUUUUUCUAAGGGUACUAACAAAUUGUCCCUGGAUUUAAUUGAAAAAUCUGCGUUUGUUGUUGCGCUUGAUGAUUUUCCUUAUGAAUUUGAUCCCAAACGGCCAGAAAAAUUAGACCAGUAUGGAAGAAUUUUAUUACACGGUAAAGGAUACGACAGGUGGUUUGAUAAAUCAUUUACUCUUUGCAUUGGUACUAAUGGUCGCAUUGGAUUCAAUGCCGAGCACUCUUGGGCUGACGCUGCAGUGAUGUCUCAUUUAUGGGAGCACAUAGUAGCUGAAGAAGCUGAUGGGAGCAUGGCCGAUGCUCCUGUGAUGGGUGCUAUGUGGGAAUACGUUAUUGGCAGUGACGUAUUUGAAGAUGGAUACAAAGACGGACAUUGCGCGGGUACACCAGAAUUUUCAUUGACUCCUACGCGAUUGCAGUGGGAUCUUACUUCAGAAUGUAUUGAUGAAAUAAAUCGUGCUGCAGAGGAUGCGCAUAAAUUAUUAAACGACGUAGAUUUGCGUAUUUACGUCCAUGAUAACUACGGAAAAGGAUUUAUGAAGACUUGUUCAAUGUCUCCGGAUGCGUACAUUCAAAUGGCACUACAAUUAGCAUACUACCGGGACGCUGGUAAAUUUAGUUUGACUUACGAAGCCUCAAUGACGCGGUUGUUCAGAGAAGGAAGAACAGAAACAGUCCGGCCCUGCACCAUCGAGUCCGCUAAUUGGGUCAAGUCAAUGGAGAACGAAUCCGCGAGCAUCGCGGAGAGACACGAAUUGCUGAAGGCAGCUGCGCUGCAGCACCAACGUGGCUACCAGGAAGCUAUGUGCGGCAAAGGAAUCGACAGACACUUGUUCUGUCUGUAUGUUGUCUCUAAGUACCUGGAGGUCGACUCGCCCUUCUUGAAAGAAGUCCUCAGUGAACCCUGGAAGCUAUCCACCUCUCAAACUCCCCACGGACAGACUCCUAAGCUGGACUUGAAGAAAUUCCCUAAGUGUAUUUCUGCAGGAGGCGGAUUUGGUCCAGUUGCUGAUGAUGGUUAUGGCGUUUCUUAUAUUAUUGCUGGUGAAGAUCUUAUAUUUCUUCAUAUUUCCAGCAAAACUAGUUCACCAGCUACAGAUUCAUCAAGAUUUGCAAGACACAUAGAAAAAGCAUUAGCUGACAUGAAGGAUCUCAUGGUGUCUGUCAAGAAAAUAAAUCAUCAAAAAAACGGAUCAGUUAAUUAA